GGGGCCUCCUAAAGGUUACAUAGAAGCCAUUGAAUCUCGGUUGUAUAAAAUGGAAUCACUCAUGGGCGAAUUGGCUCAUAGUAAUGAUCCACGUGCGGAGGCAAUUUUGGCAGAAUUAAUGAAGGAUGAUUUGCAUCCUCUUCAUAAAGCCAGAAAAGUAAAUUAUGCAACAUGGAGAAAUAGACUAGCGUCAUCUGGAGAUGCAUUAGAAACUAGAUCAACUGGAUCUUUAGCGGAUUUUCCGUCUAACGCUAACACAAACGAUUAUGAUAUUAGUUAUGUUAAUGACGUCAUGGGGAUUCUCGGCAUAGAUGAUAAAAAUCAAGUUAGUUAUUAUGGACGAAGCAGUGGCCUUCAACCUUUAAAACAAAGUAAUCUAUACAAGGAUGGAUUCUUGUUAUUUCCUAACAACACAAAUGUUCAAACUUUAGCAUCACAAUCAGAUCAAAAAUUGGUGUUGCGAUCAGAACUUAUGGAAUUGCCUCCUCAAGAAUUAUCCGAUCAUUUAUUAGAACUUUAUUUCAAUCAUGUCCAUCCAUUGUUUCCUAUUAUAUAUAAGCCACGAUUUUUUGAGUUGCUAAAGGAUCACGAGCAUCCUCCUUGUCUUUUGUUGAAUUCUAUGUAUUGUUUGGCUUCAAAUUUUUCCGAUAGGCUUGAAGUAAGAAAAGACCGGGAAAACCCACUAACAGCAGGAGAUAUUUAUUUUGAUCGCGCGAAGGCUUUGCUCGACAAUGAUUAUGAUAGAGCCCACACAACAAACAUUCAAGCAUUGCUCUUAUUAUCUAUUAGGGAGUACGGAACCGGUAAAGUUACGAGAUCUUGGAUCUAUACCGGUAUAGCAGCAAGAAUGGCACAAAGUUUAGGUAUGCAUCGUAAUAACGAAAAGUGGCAUCCAAUCACAUCAUCUCAUGGAGAAAAGGAAGAACAAAAACGCAUCUUCUGGGCUUGUUACGUUCUUGACAGGAUACCAAGCGUACAUUUGGGACGCCCAUUGGCUAUCGACGAAAAGGACGUAGACGCUGCACACCCAUCAGAAAAUGAUGAUGAAUGCGAACCAUUUCCAUUCAAAAUGGAACAUGCAACAAACUUAAUAUCAUCGUCUGACACCACAAAAAAUAAAACUUCGAUACAAGUUAAUAAGGAAUCAAAAAAGCGCGGAGAAUCGUCAAAUUCGGCCCACAUUAUGUCACGGUUUAAUUGUUUGAUUAGACUUUGCGAAAUAAUGGGACGUAUUCUUCAAAACAUAUAUGCAAUAAAAUGUAAUCAAGCAUCAGUUAGCGAUUCAGCAAUUCCGAUUCUUGAAUCGUCGCUUAGAACCUGGUUUGAAACAUUACCACCACACCUGCAAUAUAACCCGGGUCAACAUUUGGAUAAUUUGGAUGUAUCAACGCUCAGUCUUCAUGUGUUGUAUUAUGAAUCAUUAAUGCUUCUUCAUCGCCCAUAUGCAGUAGGAAAUAAUUCAUCACAUAAAAUAUGCACAUCAUCAGCAGGAAUCAUUUCUGAUAUUAUUCAUUCGAUGCAUAGAAGGAAUACGUUGAAGAAUACUUUACCUAUUGUAAUUUACAGCACAUUUAUAACUUCCGUUAUUCAUACUUGCAAUGCCACCCAAUCUGAUACCACUAUCUCACAACCAGCAAAGAUUAACCUUGCGAAAUGUAUACGAGCGUUAGAAUCCUUAAAAAACAAUUGGGUAUUGCCACAUAAAUAUCUUAAUCUGAUAAAAGGAUUGGUAGAAUUGAAAGGUUUACAAUUGGACACGAACCUAGGAUCGUCAAGUGAUAGCACAGAAAUUAGCCAUAGUUUGAAAAAACGAAAUACUUUUACAUCUAAUCAACCAAACCCAUUUGAUACAAUGGACCGAUAUGGACGACAAGCACGAUAUCUCAUAGUUUCUUCACCACAAUUUAAUUUUAAUCAAGCUCAACAACCGCGAUAUCUACGUCAUAACUUUCAAGAACCGGCACAAAUGUUUAGUAACUCAUUUGGAUUAAGAAAUAUGGCAACAUUUUCACAAUCACAAACACAGUCUAAUGUAAACACAUCUGGUCCUUAUGCAGCACAAGAUGUAAUUUCACCAAAUAAUGGAGUUGGAAAUAAUACGAUUUGUUCCUUGAAUUCUGGAUUUUGGACCCUUCCACAAAGUGCAAAUUUCGAGGAAUGGUCUUCUUACCUUCAUUCGCAACAAGUACAACAGAGUGUCACAUUACCUUCUCAACAAACACUUACAUCCCCUAUGUCAUUACAACCAUUACUGUUACACGACAAUGGGAAUAAUGUAAACAUGUUUACAAAUAAUCAAAUGAUUUCAGAAUUUGAAUAA